AUGCAGCCAUGGGACCCUCUUCGAGCACUGAGGGGGAGCAUCAUGGUGACCUGGACACCUGGUUGGAACCCCUGGUGCUCCGUCGACCGCUACGAGCUGCAGGCUCGUCGGCCGAGGGGGCCCCCAAUGCGCUUUGCAGAUCUGGAGUCUCUGAGGUACAGGGAAGCGGACAUCGAUGCCCAGGAGGAGGAGACUUGGCCUGGUGAUGGUGAGUGGGACUCCUGGGAGACGAAAUACGUGGGAGUGGGUCGUGCAUACACUCUCCAAGUUGAGGCUGAAACAGCGCAUGCCGCUCAGUUCCGAGUUCGAGCCUGUGGCAGACCGGAGAGCUUGGCUGGUCCUGGGCCAGUCAGUGUCGGAUGCAGUUCCUGGAGCCCUAUCCAGACAGCGUACACCCUCGUCAGCGCUGCACAGGAUAAAGUGAACCUAAUGGUGAGGGGCAUGGGGAUGAAUGCGCCAGACUAUGCGCAUAUAGAGGUCAACCGCCGGAUAAUCUAUCGGCGGCGUGAUGAGACAGGGCUCGUUCUUGCCGUUUUCCAGCGGUUGGACUUCUCAUUGCAGUGGCUCAGGACUUAUGACACACACCGGAAUCGGACAGAGGCAUUGCUGAUGGCAGAGAAGAUCCGGCAGUACAAUGCCAGCUUUUUCGUGGUCGUGGCAUCCAGCAUCGCCUGGGAAUGGCAAGCACCGCGAACGUUGGUUCAGACGAUGGAGUUCUGUGGAGCUUACCACUUCGGGCAGUGGGCGAACACAUUUGCAGAGCAGAUCCGCUACCGCUCAAACACCUCAGACCUGCAGCAGACAGCGUCUCAGGAGCAGUUUGGACAUCCAUAUGCCUUUAUUGGAAUCCCGGGCAUUGGCACUGCCAUGGGCUGGGAGUCCUUAAUGUACAACACGGGGCACUACAUGGCGAGGUCUGUGAAGCCUCAGCAGGCGAUAAUCAGAGGCGUCGCGUACUACGACUACGUGGCACGCCUUUAUCGCCUACAGGACAUCUCUGCAACGAAGGCGCUCUUCUUUCUGAAGGGCCAGCCACCACUCCCUGAAACUUUUCACAAUCCGGUUCCCCAGCGGAAGAUCCCUGCGCUCGACUUGUUUGCACUGGUGUCAAUAACCCCUGCCUACACGCCGUAUAUUGGAACCCUCCGGGAGCACAUCACGAAAGUCCUGGAGGCAAAUGGUACCGUGAUUCCCUACAACUUCGCAUUCUACCUGAAAACGGAUGCGCACGUUUUCAAGGUGGACCCGAGACCGCGGAGUUGGUGGCUCACAGAACUCGAGAGAGUGUGGGGUGGGGCAAGCAUGCGGCACUUCCAGCACAAUACCACGAUCCUCCACCAGGGUCUGAACUUCGAUGAGAGGAGCUGCCCAAGCUUCGUCAAGCACACACACUUGUUCGCCGAUCCGCUGUCAUGUGGAACAGACUAUCAGGAUUGCUGCGAUCGAGUCGAUGUCCCAGAUUUCCCUGUGACUGAGUGUGGUAUUGGAGUCUCGCCCACGCUCUGCCAAAAUGCAGACAAGAUUGAGGUCUUCUGCCUGGAGAUCAACAGGACCACCUCGUACAAGUGGCCUUGCGAUUUCCGCAUCAUGAACUGGACGGCAUGA